GCCGCCGCCGCCGACGACGACGCAGCUGCGCGCCGCCUCUUCGACGCGCUACCCGCGCGCAACGUCGUGACCUGGAACUCCAUGGUCGCCGCCUACGCCCGCCGCCGCGAGCUCGCCGAGGCGCGCCACCUGUUCGACCGAAUGCCCCAACGAGACGUCGUCUCCUGGAACUCCGUGCUCUCGGGCUACGCCCUCUCCCUCGACCCCGGCGAGCUCGCGGAGGGGCACCGCCUCUUCGAUCGGAUGCCGCAGCGGGACGUCGUGUCGUGGAACACGAUGGUCGGCGCGUACGCGCGGAACGGGAGGUUGGACGAUGCAAUGAGGCUGUUUGAUGAAAUGCCCCAGAGAAACGCCGUUUCGUGGAACACCAUGAUCACGGGGUUUCUUGGUGCAGGCGAGGUGAGAAGAGCUGUCAAGAUGUUCGAGAGAAUGCCCGAGAGAGAUGCGGCGUCGUUGAGCGCUUUGGUUUCGGGGCUUAUUCGGAACGGUAGAUCGGAGGAGGCGGAGAAGAUCUUACUAAGUACUCACAAUGUGAGUGAGAUCGAGGGAGCAGUCGAUGCUUAUAACACUUUGAUCGCUGGCUACGGCCGGAGUGGCAGGGUUGGCAAUGCGAGGAGGUUGUUCGACAUGAUUCCGAUGAACAAUUCGCAAGAGGAAAAGUGCGGCGAAAGGAUAUUUGAAAGGAAUGUGGUGUCAUGGAAUUCUAUGAUCAUGUGUUACGUAAAGGCGAACGACCUUCAAUCAGCUAGGAUUCUGUUUGAUGAAAUGCCUACGAGAGACUUGGUAUCCUGGAACACCAUGAUCUCGGGUUAUAUACAGGCAAUGGAGAUGGAACAUGCGGAGUAUCUUUUCAAUCAAAUGCCGCACCGUGAUGCUAUAUCAUGGAAUUUAAUGAUAUGUGGGUUUACUCAGAAAGGAGACAUAGCACGUGCACGGGAAUUAUUCGACAACAUGCCUAACAGAAGCCUCAUUUCCUGGAAUGCGAUGAUAUCGGGGUAUGAGCAGAAUGGAGACUAUGAGGGAGCAUUGGUGCUCUUCUCCAACAUGCAAGGUAAGCUCAAUGAGAAGCCGGAUCGGCAUACUUUAUCGUCGGUUCUCGGCGCUUGUGCAGGGCUCGCGAUGCUGCACCUAGGGAGCCAAAUCCAUCAGCUUGUUACAAAGACGUUCGUACCCGAUAUUCCGAUUAGUAACUCCCUCAUCACAAUGUAUUCGAGAUGUGGGAUUUUGAUGGAUGCGAAGGCUAUAUUCGAUUCGAUGGAAACGUGUCGAGAUGUCGUGUCUUGGAAUGCGAUGAUCGGCGGUUAUGCCCACCACGGGCACGCUCAGGAAGCUCUUGAUCUCUUCGAGAGGAUGAAAAAGAUGAACAUGAGGCCGACCCACAUUACCUUCAUUUCGCUUCUCAAUUCGUGCGGCCACGCAGGGUUAGUGGCCGAGGGGAAGAGAGUGUUUGAUUCCAUGGUUCAUGAGUUUGGAAUUGAGCCUCAAGUCGAACACUAUGCUUCGCUCGUCGACCUAAUCGGUCGACACGGGCAGCUCGAGGAAGCGAUGCAGGUAAUCGGCGGCAUGGCGAUCUCCCCGGACCGGGCAGUGUGGGGGGCGUUUCUUGGGGCCUGCAGGGUUCACAAUAACGCGCCGCUGGCCCAGGUGGCUGCUGAGGCAUUGGUGGAAAUCGAACCAGAGAGCUCUGCGCCUUACGUAUUGUUACACAAUUUGCAUGUAGACGAAGGAAGAUGGGAAAGCGCAGGCGAGGUGAGGGAAAAGAUGGAAAAGUGCGGGGUUGUGAAGCAGCCAGGGUACAGUUGGAUCGAGGUGCAUAACAUUGUUCAUUUGUUUGUUUCGGGGGAUACUACUCAUCCCCUUUCUCGCGAAAUUUAUUCGCUGAUUGAAAGUUGUAACAGAUUUAUAAGAGAUGUAGAGCUCGACUGAGACAUGUAGUUGAACAGCAAUGUUAUCUUUCUACUUUCAAAAUCAAUAUGAAAAUUCAAUU